AUGGCGGAGGCGGGGAGAGCCGGCGGGAGCCCCGCCGCAGCCCGCCGCCCUUCUGUCAUUGUGCCUGUUCAUAAUAGCGAACGCUGGUUAGAUGAAUGCUUGAAGUCAGUUUGGGAACAAGAUUUUAAAGAAACCAUGGAGCUGUCAGUUUUUAAUGAUGCCAGUAAGGAUGGUUCAGCCGAGAUCAUUGAAAAAUGGAAGAUCAAGUUGGAAGAUGCAGGUGUUCCAGUAAUCAUUGGUAGUAAUGAUUCAUCUCAGCCUCGAGGUGCUGGAUUUGCUAAAAAUCAAGCAGUAAUUCAGAGCUCAGGAACCUAUCUCUGCUUUCUGGAUUCAGAUGAUGUGAUGAUGCCACAGCGGGUUAGACUGCAGCACGAAGCUGCCAUUCAACACCCAAACAGUAUUAUUGGUUGCCAAGUCAGGAGAGAGCCACUGGAGUCUACUGAACGGUAUACACGUUGGAUCAAUAAUCUGUCUGAAGAACAACUUCUUACACAGGUGUUUACCUCCCAUGGACCUACUGUGAUCAUGCCAACCUGGUUCUGUUCUCGAGAAUGGUUUUUUCACGUGGGAAAAUUUGACGAGGGUGGAAAGGGCGUUCCAGAAGAUUUGUUGUUUUUUUAUAACCAUAUCCAAAAGGGCGGUGAAGUCUUUCGAGUAAACCAUUGCCUCCUGCUGUACCGUUACCAUCCACAGGCUGCAACUCAUUCUGUCCUAGAGGGAACCAUCUGGAAUCACCGAGUCAGGUUUCUUGAAGACAGAGUCCUGAGCUCCUGGACAUCGUUCACCAUUUGGAAUGCUGGCAAGCAAGGCAAGAAGCUCUACAGAAGCUUGUCACCAGCUAAUCGAAAAAAGGUAACUGCAUUUUGUGAUGUUGACGAAAAGAAAAUAACAAAAGGAUUCUACACUUAUGAAGAAUCUGAGGAGAGACCUAAACCAAAAAUUCCUGUAUGUCACUUCAGAGACGCAACUCCACCUUUCAUUAUCUGCGUGAAGCUGGAUUUGACAGGUGGAGCAUUUGAAACAAACCUGAACAUGCUGAACUUGAAGGAAGGGAUGGAUUAUUAUCACUUUAACUAAAAACCAAGCGCACUUCGCAGCUCAUGCUGAGAAUCCAGUUUGUCAG